AUGGCGGGGAAGAAAACCUGGGAUUGGGAAAUUGGUAACAGAAAGGCGAAGAAUAAUGUAUGGAACGCAAAUAAGGGAGGAGUAGGUCUUGUGCAUGGGCCUCAAUCAGGAUCCUAUGCUAACGCGGUGAAAAGGAAUAUUGGGCAGAAUUCGAAAUCUUUAAAGCCUGCACCUUCUGUUGUAUUACGAGGAAAUGAGAUUUGUAAUUCUUUUUCUAUGCAAACAUCCAUUUUUGGCCAAGUUAGGAACGUUAGAAUUAUUCCUAAUCUUUUCGUGCUUCUUAGAGAGGAAGGUUUCAAUGACAUCCAAGUUAGAUAUGUUGGUGGUGAUUGGGUUUAUGUGGCUUUUGAGUCGGAAGUAGCUUGCUCCAAGUUCAAGAAGUCAACAGGGUUAGUAGUGGGGGUUAGUUUAGACCGGGAUAUUUCCGACCUUUCGGGUGACUCGGAUGAUGAUGAGUUUUUAGAAAAAGAUAUAGAAGAAGAAGGUACACCUCUCUGUAGUAAGAAAAAUGUUGAAAAGGAAGAUGGGGAGGUCGGUGAAGUCUCAAGUGAGGAAGAGUAUACGAUUCAUGGUGAGCUUGGGGCUGGUUUUGUGGACCGGAAGGGGAGGUUCUUUCCUACUAGUAAUAUAAAAAAUGGUGCUUUUACAGGUGCUCAUCAACCUGAAUCCAAUCUUGUUGCUGGUACUCCGGAGACGGUGAUUCCUUCAACCAAAGAUGAUCAUUUUCAGGCUGCUAGCUCGCAUGUUGUUCCUGUCAUAGUUCCUUUUACUGUUGCUGUAGCCCCGCUGUCUUCUGUUUUUCUGGAAAUUUCAGGAGCAGGUUCGGCUGGUGUGGUCCAUCGGUUUGCGGUUGAACCACCUGUUGUGGUUGCGGAGCAUUGUCCUUCAGAUUCUCUUUCGCAGCCUCCUAGUUUUAGACGAGACUCAAAAGGUCCUAAUUCGUCUAAUUCUAGAUCUACGAGUUCUCAUGGAUCCUCCAAACUUUUAAAGAAACGUGUUCUAGCAGAAGUAGAUGAUAUUGAGGGUAUUAUGAAACAAUACUUUGAAAUGGGUGGAUUGUUGGGGUAUGAUAUGGAAAAUAGCAAGAACAAGGUCCGCCAAAUUUUAUCGAAUAUUGGUGUGAUUCAGGUGGAUCAAUGA